AUGUAUAAGGUCUUGGAGCGAAUCAUACUGGACCGACUUAUCAGCGAAACAACGCAAAUCGAGCAAGCCUGCUUUCGACUUGGCCGAUCUAUAAUUGGCCAGGUGUUCAUAGUCAGGAGACUGAUCCAAAUCCGGCAGCGGUAUUCGAACCCAAUGCAGUUAGCCUUCUUGGACUUCGAAGCCGCUUCCGACUCUUCGAGACUCAUCGAGGGCGUCUUGCCAACGCUUACGAAGUACCAUGAAAGUUCGCCUACUUGA